UCCUCAUCAUCAUCAUCAUCAUCAUCAUCAUCAUCAUCAUCAUCAUCUACACCGUACUUCGUACUAAUAUUUAAUAGUGGGCAAGCAGCUCCAGCAAUUCCAGCACUUCGACAUAAUCUCGAUCAUUCCCAGCAUUGUUUCCAGGAGUAAUGAGCUGAGCCGUUGUCAUGGCUUCCCCACGGACUCUGUUCACAGCCAGCCGCUUGCAGACAUGGACCUAUUUGCUUGGCGUGUGUCCAUUCUCCAUCGCAUUCCUGGUCUUCAUCAACUCGUCCAUCUCCUUUGUCGUCACGGAAUUAAUUGGACUCCGUGAUGGGGAAGGCGACGCAGUCGGCACUCUGGGCUUUGCCGACGAGCUGCUGGCCCUGAUCGCUUGCCCCUUGUGGGGGGUGCUGUCGGACCGCAUAGGCGUCCGUCAUGUCUGCACUACGGGCUAUGCUAUCGUUGCGCUUGCCCUGAUCCUCUUCGUCCAGGCCAAAAAUGUCUACCCUCAGCUCCUGCUGGGAAGGCUGUUGUUCAGUCUCGGGGGCGCGGCGGUAUCGACCAUGGUCACGGCGGUUCUUCCAGCCGUAGCUGGAUCUCACUCAGCACAGCAUAAGCCCGCAUCGGAAUCCCAGAAGAAUACCGCUUCAUCCUCCAGAUUGGCAGGGUUUGUAGGCAUGUGUGCGGGCUGUGGUGCCCUUGUUUCCCUUGUCGUCUUCCUGCCCCUUCCAGCUCGAUUCCAGCAAUGGGGUCUUUCUCCCGCCGAAGCUAUCCAACGGAGUUACUACCUCGUCGCGGCUGUGUCUCUGGUCAUCAGUGCUGUUUGUUUCUUUGGUCUGAGAAAUCUCCCCGGCGAAGAGGGCAAGUCCUGGAGUUCGCUGUGGUCCGCCCGCCGACGCGGGGCGCCUGAUGGCGGCGAUUCAUGCCCGUAUGCUCACAAAUUCCAAUUGCCCUAUCUCGAACAGCUGGGCACGGCGUUCGCCUUGGGGUUUCAAAAUUCGGACAUUUUUCUUGGCUAUCUUGGAGGCUUUGUGGCACGCGCAUCGUCCGUGGGGAUCUCGCUGUUCAUACCGCUCGCUGUGAAUCACUACUAUCGCCAAUCCGGCUUGUGCGGGAGCCAAGACGGAGAGGCUGCCAGCGCUGGCGACAUAAAGAAGUCAUGCCACAGGGCCUACGUGCUCGCUUCGAUCCUGACCGGGGUCUCGCAACUAGUCGCGUUGAUCGCGGCGCCAGCCUUCGGUUACCUGUCCGAUCGAUCGCGACGCCGUCACGUGCCGCUGCUGGCAGCAUGCCUUGUCGGCCUCGUGGGCUACACCACGUUUGCACUGUUGCCCAGCCCCGAAUUCAAUGGCGACCACGGCAGUCCCGGCGUAUUCGUAGUGAUGGGCCUGGUCGGGGUCAGCCAGAUCGGAGCGAUUGUCUGCAGUUUGUCCGUGCUGAGCAGCGGCAUUCUCAGCAUGAGCGACGCCAGUAGCAUGGAAGAUCAAUUCUGGAGUGAGCAGAGUGAUCCCAGUGAGGAUGAGGAAGAAGACUGUCCUGUCACCGCCGCAGAGGAGGACGAGGAUCGGCCUUUGAUGGCCCAUCGUAUGGGCCGGAAAGGGCGGCAUCUCGCGCAUCUGAAGGGAUCGAUUGCUGGAGUGUAUUCCUUGUACGGUGGAGCGGGGAUUCUGAUUCUAACCAAACUGGGAGGACUCUUGUUUGAUGUGCUGUCGUCGGGAGCGCCGUUCUACAUCAUGGCCGGCUUCAACGGGGCAUUGCUACUGGCAGGGCUGGUCAGUGGGUUCAUUGGGCACUCAAGGCCCGCUGCACCAGCUGGGUACGGUGCGUAGCGUCGAAAGAGUUUUUCUCUUUUUGUUGGGGGAGGGGGGUUGUUUGGAUUUUUGAGGCAGAGCUGCUUUUCUUUGUGAUUCUUUGUCCUCUAGACAGGGAUUAAUUUGUUAGCUUGAAUGCUUAGCGUGGGAAUAAGCCGCAGCAAGGCUGGGGUACCUGAAUCCGACCACGGCCAUCACCGCCGAGCGAGAGAAUUCCAACCUCUUCCGGCCCCCACGUCUGGCCCCAGUGGCAUGCCGUGCCUCCGUUUCAGGUCCAGGGCUGCACAAUUGUGGGAAAGUGAGCAGGAGAGAAUGAUUAUUGAGGGAGGAAAGAAGCAUGGAAGCAGCCGGGUGGAAGUAUAUCAUCAUCUUGAGUGGGACAAUAUAAUUUCCCCGGCUCCAGCUGGUCC